AGCUGUGCUACAAAAAUAAUGAAAUAGCUAUGCGGCAUGCUUUCAAUUUUGUUUAUCGUUUUAUAUACUAUUUAAUUACUGAUUAUUAAUAAUGCUUUCUCGAUUUUGUAACUUGUGUCGCACAACUACGAGUGCUCAGUUCGUAACCUUACAACGAUGUUAUAGAAGAAGUUCUAAAAGGAAAAAUAAUGUCAGUCACAUCAAGAUACCGCAAAAUGUGGAAGGAAAGACGCCAAUAAUAACCUGUAAACGGAAAGAGUUCAACUUCUAUGAAGGCCAAACAUAUUCUAAAUAUGAACCGAUACCACUGAGCAGUAAAGGAUGGCAUCACUAUAAAUCCAAAGGAGAUCAUUUCUUUAUACAUCCUCUUACAAAUGUAGAAGAAGAGGCGUAUAACAUACCAUCUGAAGAAGACAAUGAAAUGUGCGAUUCCUUUUUACAGUUUGGUUUAAACACACAAAUAGUAGAAAUUUUAGAAAAAUACAGUAUAACAAAGCCUCUGAAGAUUCAAUCAAUUGGAAUACCCAAAAUAAUGAAUGGUUUCAAUGCUGUCAUAGCGGCAGAAACUGGUUGUGGAAAAACAUUGACUUAUCUUCUACCCAUGAUAGACAAAAUAUUGAAAUGGAAAGAGUUAGCAGGGACUCGGUACAACGCUCCACUGGGAUUAAUUAUAACACCUACUCGUGAAUUAGCAUUUCAAAUCGGGCUAGAAGCAAAAAAAAUAUGUCAAUACCUGAAUAUUCGUACAAAGACCAUUACUGGUGGAAAAACGAAGAAGAUGAUGCUAAAUCCAUCUGUGGAAGAAGUUGACAUUGUUGUAGCUAGUUUCGGAGUUAUAAGCAAAUUAACGACAAACAAAAUUUACAAAUUGGACAUGGUCAGGCACAUUGUAUUGGAUGAAGCGGAUGCCUUAUUUCACGAAACCUUUGAAGAGAAGCUACAAGUAUUCUUAAAAAGGGUGCCGCUAGGUUACGCACAAAAUCCGGAAGAUUCGAAACUGCCAAUCGGUGCCAUAUUAACAUUAGCAUCUGCAACAAUGCCUUCCAGGAUGCAAGAAAUUUUGAAAAAUAUCGUAAACGUGCAAUCGUUGGAACAUGUAACUUCGGAUAAACUGCAUCACAUACUCGUGCCACAAAAAUUCAUGAGAGUGGGACCAGAUGACAAGCCGAUGGAACUUCUGAAGUACAUCAAACCGAAGGUAGCCAACAAGGAACAGGUAAUCGUGUUUAAUAAUAACAACAAGACCUGUAAUUGGGUCGGUACAUUCCUGAACAACUGCAACGUACGAACAGUCCGUUUGAACGGGGACAUGCCUUUGCACGAGAGGCAAAACAAAUAUGCCGAUUUCAAAAGCGGUAGGUGCCUAGUAUUGUGCACGACAAACGCGGGUUCCAGAGGUUUGGACACGGUAGCGAUACACCAUGUAUUGAACUACGACUUUCCAACCGCCACCGCCGACUACAUUCACAGAUGCGGUAGAACCGGAAGAGUCGGCAACGUUAAGAACUGCAGAGUCACUAAUUUUAUAAGCACUCAGUGGGAAAUCGCUGUGGUGCGGAAAAUAGAGAAGGCGAUUCGGAAAAUGAAACCGAUUCCAAUAUUCGAUGUUAACGACACGAAAGAAGACGACUUCUUCGAGCCGUUUGAGCCCGAGAACCUCGACGAGAAAGAUGUGCAACAAGAGUUUAGUAUACCGUACUGAUGUAUUAUAUAUAUUGUUAAGGUAAAUAAAGAUCGUUUCUCUAUUUAAUAA